GCAGCCUUUAUAAUGACAGACAGUGUCAGACCAAUCUGCGUCUUCUGCUCGUAUCCUGGUAACGGAGCAAUCGUAAGAUACCUUCAGUCUCACACUGCCAAACGACUGCAGCCAUGAUUCAGUCCCGGACCCUCAGAGUAGAUUAUGGCAUGACAACAAGCGUUGUAUACGUGGUCGGCACGGAGCUGAAUGUGAACCCGAGCAGGGGUGCUCCUCCAAGCUCCAAGUUCUUCUCUGUGAAGGCCUCUCCCAAUGUCAAUUUCACUGUCCACAGCGUGGACAGUGAAAUUGACAUGAUCCCCCCCCCCCCCCUCUCCCCGGGAUAUGCACCUCCUCCUUUCAUUGAAAAUUCAGUACUAUCUAUCACCAUGAGCUCUGCCAGUGAGGAAGAAAAUGAUAGCAAGCUGUCUAUCUCAUACUAUGAUGAGAAUCAAGUGAAGUUGGAGGAAGCAGUGGUCCAUCUGACAGCUGUUGAGAUCUCUCUGGAUGUGGAUGCUGACAGAGACGGUGUUGUGGAGAAGAACAACCCUAAUAAGGGAUCCUGGAAAUGGGGUCCUGAUGGGCAUGGAGCCAUCCUACUGGUCAAUUGUGACUGUGAGCGUACCUACUGGAAGAGACCAGAUUUGGAGCAGAGAUUAAUCUCAGAGGCAUCAGACAUUGAGGACAUGUCUCUCAUGGUGCUGCGGACCAGAGGCCCCGCCAAGCUCCCAGAGGGCUACAAGCUCACCAUGCACAUCUCUCAGGGUGAUGGAGAGACUAUCAGAGUCUACAGGUUUAUAAAAGAAGCAAAACCUGACCACGACACAGAGGGGCUAGCUGAAUAUCCACUGUUCCUAGACAGUGCAGCCCUGUCCAGUGAAGUGCCUUACUCCGGCGGCGCAGCAGAGAUGAAGUUUUACGUGGAGGGCCUCAAGUUUCUUGACAAAGACUUUGAUGGGCUCAUCACCAUCAACCUCAGUCUGUUAAAGCCCAUCUCUAAAGAUGUCCCUGAGACACCUAUUUUCACGGACAAAGUCGUGUUCAAAGUGGCACCGUGGAUCAUGACACCCAACAUCCUCCAGCCUGAAGAGGUGUUUGUGUGCAGCACAUCUGAUAACAGCACGUUCCUUGAACAAAUUAAGAACUUUGUUCAAAAGAGUGGGUGCCACCUUCGCAUUUGCAGUAACUAUGUGAGCAGAGGAGAUCGCUGGAUUCAGGAUGAGAUGGAGUUUGGCUACAUUGACUCACCUCAUCAACAGUUUCCUGUUGUUCUGGAUUCCCCUCGAGAUAGAGGACUUGUGGACUUUCCAUUACAUGAACUACUGGGCCCUGACUUUGGCUAUGUGACGAGGGUGGCUGAAAGAAAAGAUGUGAGCAGUCUGGAUUCAUUCGGUAAUCUGGAUGUUAGUCCUCCUGUCAUUGUGAAUGGAAAAAACUACCCACUGGGCAGAAUCCUCCUUGGUGUGGCCUUUCCUACGGCAACUGGAGGACGGAGCAUGACCAAAGUAGUUCAGGACUUCUUGAGGGCUCAGAAAGUUCAGGAGCCCAUUGCCUUAUUUACUGACUGGCUCCUUGUCGGCCACGUAGAUGAAUUCAUGACUUUUGUUCCUGCACCUGACAGAAAGGGCUUCCGGCUGCUGCUGGCCAGCCCAGAUGCAGCUUACAAACUAUUCAAAGGCUUACAGAAAGAUGGACAUGGACAAGCCAAACUGUUUGAAGGUGUGGAAGGUCAAGAACCAGUAACAGUGGAUGAGGUACUCAGUAAUGACAGUCUCCUCACCCAAAAUAAAUACGUGCAGAGCUGCAUCGACUGGAACAGGGAUGUGCUGAAGAGAGAGCUGGGUCUGGUUGAUUGGGACAUCAUCGACGUGCCAAUCCUUUUCAGGCCAUGGGAGAAAGCUGGCCAACAACCCAGAGCAGUGGCUUAUUAUCCUGACAUGGUGAACAUGAUCGUCUUGGGGAAAAACCUCGGCAUCCCGAAGCCCUUUGGCCCCAAGGUGAAUGGACGCUGUGCCCUGGAGGCUGAGAUGUGCUCGCUGUUGGAGGGCCUGGGCCUCAGCUGCACGUUCAUCGAUGACUUCACGUCUUACCACCAAGAGCUGGGAGAGGUGCACUGUGGCACCAACGUCCGCAGGAAAUGGUUUGACUUCAAAUGGUGGAACCUGGAGAUGUGAAUGAAAACUCAACAGUGGAUGGAGAUGGCAUAGAGAGGAAGAAAGACAACUUGAA